UAAACUGUCAAAAAGCUCAGUCGCUUUACAAAAGAAAAAAAAAACUGAAAACGUUUUCUGUAAUUUUUUAUCGAAUUUGUUCCGUAAAAUCACUUUAAUUCUCUGCAAAUCACACAUUAUUUCGCCCCACAAUGAACGCCGCUCGUAGCAAGGCGUCAAACAGCAGCAGCUCGGAUGGCGAACACUCGACAGACGACAUCUGGGACGACACGCUCAUCAUUCGAAACUACGAUGAAUCGCUGGCCAUGGUCCGGGAGGAGGUGGCCAAGCGUUUGGCCAUGAAAACCAACAAAAAGAUGCUGGGUAAGGCAGCGGGCGGUAUGCCUGCGACACAGGAUCCGCCACCACAGCCACAAGCGUCCACAUCUGCCUCUCAGCAGCAGAUCAAACUGAAGACAGAAGAGGGUGAGUCGUCCGGGGUGGAAAAUUCCUCGGCGGAGAAGGGGGCUUGUGAAUCGGGAAGCAAACGGUCGUACAAUGUUGGGGAUUACUGUCGGGCAACGUACGAUGAUGGGGUGGAUUAUGAGGCCAAAAUUUUAGCGGUGGACAAAUCCGGAGACGCUUUGAUUCGGUAUGUUGGGUACAACAACGAACAAACGGUGGCCAUCGAGGAUUUGGUGCCGUCGUGGGGGCGUAAAGCGCGCCGUAAGCAGCGGGAGGAUGCAGCAGAGCUGGCCACCGCCGAAGAUGACACCAACCGGAUGGAGAUGAGCGACGAUGAGGUAAAGCUAACCGACAAAGCCAGCAAAAUCCGAAUCAACAUCGACCCAAGCUUCCGAAUGCCCAAAGCGACUGGCAUGGGACACUCCUCCAAGGCGGCAUCUCGAGGUUUCCACGCCGGCAUGGGAGCAUCCUUCAUGGUUCCGCCGCCGCCACCGAUGCCGCCCAUGCUGGAAGACGACGACGAUCUGGAGUCGGAAAAUCUGUCCGCCAUGCUCAUGUCCUGGUACAUGAGUGGAUACUACACCGGGCUGUACCACGGCCAGAAGAUGUCGCAGAAGCGGGCUCGACCGUCCUAAGGAUGGGUUUCAGCUGGCGGUUAUGUUACUUAGCGCUUAAGUUUCUCCCCUCUGAUGAUCUUUCCAAAUCGUAUGACAUAUUUUCGAGUUGAACUGAACUGAAUUUCAUUUUUCUUUUAUUUUAUUAUAAAAAAACUGUUUUGAAAAUAAAGUUCUUCUUUAGUUUCAGUAAAUAAAGAUGUAAUACAAAAUGUCCAAAA